AUGCAGCCCCUGAGUCUUUCAGGGCUCUUGAAGACUAACACCUUUUUGAGUUACAAUCGUCGUCUCACCUCUCUUAAGUCUUAUGCCAACGUCGACGCACGAACCCUCAACAGUAACACGCCGCCCUCUGAGCGCGAUUACAUCUACCAGGACCUCGCCACAGGCCAUCCGCGCACACGGCUUCUCUACGUCACCCCCGAGCUCUGCUCCUCCGAGCACUUCCGCCGGCAGCUCCGCCUCGUCCACGAGCAGCGCGAGCUAGCCCGUAUCGCCAUCGACGAGGCGCACUGCAUCUCCGAAUGGGGCCACGAUUUCCGAAAGGACUUCAAACGGCUGUCCUGGUUUCGAGAAAUGUUUCCUGAUGUGCCGAUCAUGUGUUUGACAGCGACGGCCAAUGAACAGGUUAGGCGGGAUAUUUUGACUACGUUGGGCCUGGACAGGACGCCGGAGAGACUGAAGAAUUUCACCAUGACUGCGCACAGGCCAAAUCUGCAUUUGGAGGUAAGGUUUACGAGUGAUCAGGCGAAUGAUCGGUUUGAUGAUUUUGUGACGUGGUUGAAGGGUGUUUAUGCGCGUCGGUCGCAGCCGGAGAGGAAAGCGGAGUUAGAUGCGGUGGGGGAGAGGGUACAAAACGUACCGGGGAUUAUAUACACGCUGUCAAGGGAUGAGUGUGAGAUGUUGGCCGCGGCACUCAGGCAAGAGGAGAUUGGGGCCAGGCCGUUCCAUGCGAAGCUGCCGAAAGAGGUGAAGGAGGAGACGCUGGCCAGAUGGAUCGCGAAUGAGCCGGGGUACGAUAUCAUCGUUGCCACCACCGCGUUUGGUAUGGGGAUCGACAAGGAGAAUGUUCGAUUUGUCGUGCAUUGGCGGCUGCCGAAGAGCUUUGAGGGGUAUUAUCAGGAGGCUGGGAGAGCCGGGAGAGAUGGGAAUGCGAGUUAUUGCUUCUUGUACUAUGCUCGUGAGGACAGGGAUCGGGUAUGCAAUAUGGUGAUGCGGGAUGGAGGACCGAAUGACACGAACCGGGAGGCAAGGAUGCGGAGUCUAAGUCGUCUGGUUGAAUAUUGCGAGAGCACGGAUACGUGUCGCCAUGCGUUUAUUUGCAAGUAUUUCGGCGAAGAGAAGGUGCCAGAGUGUGACUAUGCCUGCGACUGGCAUAAAGAUCCUCAAGGGCUGAAGAGGAGGAUGAUGGCCGGUUUGGCAAGCGAAGAGUGGGUGAGCACGCAGAGGGAAGAGGGCAGGUUCGAUGAUUACGAGUACUGGAGUGAAUGA